AUGUUAAGACAAAACGUCCAGAAGCUUAACAAAAAAUACAUCGUUGCAAAUACAAUAAGAACUAUUUCCUCAAAAGGAUCUAAAUUACUUAAGCCAACGAUAGAAUCCUCCCUAACAGAUAUUGAAAGAGCCUCUUCUACUUCCUAUAGCAUUUUAGGAGGCUCUCAGAAUAACAUUCCUAGAUUCGAUACAGGUGCUAACUUUUUGUCAUCUGUAUUUGAAAAGUCAAAGCAAACCACCAUAGAAGCAAACUUCCAAACAUUUAACAAGUCUCAUGCCGCAGCGAAUCUGUCUAUGUCACAAGCUCGUGAUGUAAUGCAACUAUGGUCAUUACUGGAAGCUUGUUUAAAAUCUGAUUACUUCGACAGAGCUUUUUCUAUAUUAGAGUCGCUUUAUCAAAUAAAAUCUCACAGAUCAAGCUUUAUUGAUGACUACAAUAUGUAUUUGUUGGCAUUUGUUAGACACCAGGGUGGUUCCAUGGACUGUUACCGCAUGAGCGAUAAAGUUUUGAAAGAUAUAAGAGAUGUCUUCCCAAAUAUUAUGUUUAACGAUAGAACAGUGGCUAUCCUAAUGCAUCAUGCACUUUCCAACGUACGUACACCUCAGGAACACGUAACGACUAUUAAUCAGAUACAAAACUAUUUUAAGAUGAAAGUAGGCAACAGGAGAAAUGUACUUUCAAAUAUCGAUGUCUUGACAGUGGAAAACUUUAAAAGCCUGCUUUUAGAAUAUAAAUUAAUUAAUGAAGAUGAAGUCCCUGAUCUACUGAAACCUCUUGUGAUGGGUAACACAAUAACAGAAAAAACAAUUGAAAGUAAUCCAAGUGUCCAAGCAAUGGAAUUUAAGGAAGGUCAAAGUACAGAGAACCCUAAUAAUAAGAUUAUAGAACAAACUGAAAUCAAAACUGAUGAAGUUGCUAAAGACUCUAUUGUGGAGAAGGAUGCUGACGAACUCCUAGCGGUAGACACCAUAGGAAUGAGAACUGUAAGACAUGCUCUGAUGGGACUUUCAUUGACGGAAGAACAAAAGAAGAAACUUUCAGAGCUAGAUAAUUCAGUAAGCAAAAACAUCAUGAAUAUCGAUGAAAGCAAAUCAGUGGAUUUUUUUGAAAUAUACAAGACCUUGGAGAACGCAGAAGAUCAACAAAAAUUUGAUGAUUUAUUAAACACAUUCAACUUCAAAAGGCAAGAAAUGCUAGAAAGGAGAGCCACGGAGGCUGCGAAAGAAAGAUGGAAGUUUGAGUUUGAGGAGGCAAAGGCAAGAGGGGACAUUUCUAUAGAGAAGUCAUUGAAUAGUAGACUAUGGGAAUGGUAUAGUGCUAUGCUGCCUUUAGUAAAGAAAGAAGCCAAAAAAUGCAUUGAGGAACUUAAUAAUUCCAAGUCUUCUUCAAGAAAAUUAUCAAGUAGAUCAGAGUAUGCACCAUAUUUUACUUUGGUUAACCCUGAAAAAAUGUGUGUGAUAACUAUCCUUGAAUUAUUGAAACUAAAUUCUACAGGCGGUGUCAUUGACGGUAUGAGAACUGCCAGGGCGGUUAUUUCUGUUUCCAAAGCUAUUGAACUCGAAUUCAGAUCUGAGCAACUUCUGAACAGUGAAAAUCAAACAUUCAAGGAUAUAAAUAAAAAAUCACAUGAGUUCAAAAGGUACGUCCAAUCAGCUAAGCGAACCUUCAGAUCUAUGGAAAUUGAAAAAUCCCGAAUCAUAUGGCCUCAAACUGUAAGAGCAAAGAUAGGUUCUACACUUAUUUCUUUCUUAAUACAUGUCGCAAAGGUCAGUGUUGAAGGUACAGACCCUGUAACUAAAGAAAAAGUGUAUGGUGACGCACCUGCUUUUGCACACACGUAUGUAUACCACAAUGGUUCUAAACUUGGCAUAAUCAAAAUCCACAAAGCCUUAAUCAAUAGACUAAAUGGUGAAAGAUUAUUAGCAUCAGUACAACCCCAACUUCUACCAAUGCUUGUAAAACCUCGCCCAUGGAAGGGUUGGAAAUCAGGGGGAUAUCUAUACACACAAUCAAUUUUAGUGAGAUCGCGUGACUCUCCAGAACAACUAGCAUAUCUACAAGCAGUCUCAGAUUCCGGCGCAAUUGAUAAAAUUUAUGAUGGUUUAAACGUGCUGGGUGAAACUGCUUGGACUGUGAAUCGCAAGGUCUUUGAUGUUGUCUCUAAGGUAUGGAAUGAGGGUACUAACUUUCUAGAAAUCCCUGGUAUUCAAGAUGAACUAAAGCUAUUACCUCCUCCUCCACGUAGUUCAGACCCAACCGUUAUCAGAGAAUGGAAACUAAAGAACAAGGAGCUGGCAAAUAAGUACUCAUCAGAUAAGUCUGUGCGGUGUGAUUUGAAUUACAAGCUUGAAAUAGCCAGAGCAUUUUUAGGCGAAAAAUUUUAUUUCCCUCAUAACUUGGAUUUUAGAGGACGUGCAUAUCCACUAUCUCCCCAUUUCAACCAUCUAGGGAAUGAUUUAAGUAGAAGCUUAUUGAUAUUUUGGAAAGGCAAAAGACUUGGUCCUGAUGGAUUGAACUGGCUGAAGGUUCACCUAUCUAACUUGUUUGGUGUUGAUAAAGUGCCACUUGAGGAUAGAGUUAAAUUUACUGAAUGUCAUAUAGAGGAUAUAAAGGAUUCUGCAGAAAAUCCUUUAAAUGGUAAGGGCUGGUGGAAGACCGCUGAUAAGCCAUGGCAAGCUCUUGCUACUUGUAUGGAAUUGAACGAGGCAUUGAAACUAGAUAAUCCAGAAGAUUAUAUUUCUCAUCAACCGGUUCACCAGGAUGGUACUUGCAAUGGGUUACAACACUACUCGGCUUUAGGAGGUGAUGUAGAAGGUGCUACUCAAGUAAAUCUAGUACCCUCUGAGAAACCUCAAGAUGUGUAUUCUUUUGUUGCAAAACUAGUAGAGGCUCGGCUUGAGAAAGCAGCUGCAAAAGGAGAUGAAAAAGCACUAAUCUUGAAAGGUAAAGUUAGUAGAAAAGUUGUUAAACAAACUGUGAUGACUAAUGUAUAUGGUGUCACUUAUGUUGGAGCUACCUUUCAAAUUGCCAAACAACUUACCGCUAUUUUUGAUGACAGAGCAUAUUCAUUAGAGCUUUCAAAAUACCUUGCUAAACAUGUUUUUGCUGCGGUGAGGGAACUGUUUGAAGGAGCUCACUUAAUUCAAGAUUGGCUAGGAGAAUGUGCUAAGAGGAUAUCGAAGUCUAUCAGAUUAGAUGUUGAUGAAAAGUCAUUCAAGAACGGUGAUAAACCUGACUACAUGUCAUCUAUUAUCUGGACUACUCCUUUAGGUCUGCCAAUUGUACAACCAUAUAGAGAUGCAGGCAAAAAGCAAGUUAUCACCAACCUACAGUCAGUCUUUAUCAGCGACCCUUUUGCUAUUAACCCUAUAAAUUCUAGAAGACAAAAAGCGGGCUUUCCACCAAAUUUUAUCCAUUCAUUAGAUGCAUCACAUAUGCUACUCUCUGCUGCUGGCUGUAGAGAUAAUGGCUUAGAUUUUGCAUCUGUUCAUGAUUCAUACUGGACUCACGCCUCAGAUGUUGAUAAAAUGAAUGUAGUAAUCCGUGAUAAGUUCAUUGAGUUACACGAGGUAGAUUUAAUUCAAAGACUAAAAGAAGAGUUCGAUGAACGUUAUAAAAACUACCUAAGGAUACUGAAAAUAAAAAAGAAUACACCCCUUGCUAAACAAAUUUUGGCAUUUAAGGCUAGGCUAAGCAAGACUUUAGGAAGAAAUGCUACUCUUGCAGAUGAAAUAUAUUUAGAAAAGAGAAGGGUAGAACUAAUAAAUUCAAGUGAUCCUGCUGAAGUUCAAGAAGGUAAGAAUAUUGAAACCACUAUCACAAUUCUUCAAAAUUCGGGCGAGAACUUGAGCGAGUAUGAAUGUUCCGGCUCUGAAGUACAAUCUCUGACUGUAAUCUCACCAUUAAUACUGCCAGAUAUUCCUCCAAAGGGUAAUUUUGAUGUCGAAGUUCUAAGAAAUAGCAAAUACUUCUUUUCUUAG